AUGUCGAAAGAACUGUUUGUUGCCAAGGUACCAAUCGGUUUACUUGGCGAUUUUGAGUCUCUGGACCCAAACCAAACAGGAAGUAUCGACAUUCACAUCCAAUUGUACCGUAAAGUCUCAAAUGUAGAAGUAAUCUUGGAAAGAAUCGUUGAAAUAAACAAGGACAAUGAGCUUGUGGCUAAUGGGUUUACUGUUGGUACUUCAAAUGAAAGAAUCUCCAAGUUUAAGCGCUGCUACUUGGCUAUAAAACCAGAAAUGGUUGUAUCUACGGAUCAUGUCACACAUUCUGUAUGUCGAGCCAUUGCCAAUGUCCUAAAUGACAAAACUGUAACUGGAAACCUCUCCACGGAGAUCUUGUACUUUCUCGGAGGAUCCACCAGCGUGACCAGUUGUAUCGAACAAAUGUCAAUUCCAAAGGGUCAAAACAGUCUACCUCUCCUGUUGGUAGGGAUCAUCAGUAAUUUGGCACAAGAUGACGUCUCAAACCUCAUUGACGGGGAACUUGACGACUUGGAAAAUCUACCAAAGUACACUGAUGUUGACGCAAUAAUAAAGGUAAGUGUAUAG